ACCGCAUCAUAAUCCGUUACGUAGUUUUAAAGAUUUGAGCAUCCAAAGGGACAUAGGGACAGAGAAAGCGACUUUGUUUUAUACUAUGUAGUGAUAAUGCAAAUGUGCAUGUGUGGCAUAUACAAUUAUGUAAAAAAAUGAAAAAAAUGUACGUAUCGAACAAGAUAUAAUGCAGUGUUACUAAGAUGAUGGUAAAUAAUCGUUAUAAAAUGCAAAAGGAUAUUUUUUUAUUCUUGAUUUACAAUUUUUGUUUUAAAAAUCUAUCUCUAUUGAUUGGAUAGACUUGGGAUAAAAUAAAAUUUAUAUUGGUUAGUACUAUAUUGUAAAAUCUUACCCGGGCCUGUAUACUAAUUGUACCUACUUACCUAAUGUUAAAUUAUUAUCAUUAAAAUAACUGAAAUCGUUAUUGUUACAACUUUGGUAUUAAAUAACGCGUGAUUUUGUUUUUUAUUAUAGUAAUUCUUGGUUUAUAACUGAUUUAAAAAAAUAAAUCUCUCAAAGAUAUUCUCAGUAAUAAAAUCGUGUUGUCAAUGAAAAAUUUUAUAAUGGUAAAAAAAUAAUUAUGUUUAAGUUUUUUACAUCACAUCUGGUUGUAAGGAAAAUUAUGAUAUUUCGUUAAUAUUGUGAAUCAUUAAACGUAAGAUAAACGUUUUUGUUCGAAUGUUGCAAGGGGGCAAGAAAUCGCUUGCAAAAAUUGAUUAGGGUGGAUUUUUGAUAUGGGUCAUGAAAGAACUUAUGAUUUUUUUUAAUCCAAAAUAAUAUAUGGUUCUGGAUAAUCCAUGCCUUAAACAUAACAUUUGCUCUAGGAACUAGAGAAAGAAAGAACUGGAGUCUAGUUCUUUCGCUGGGAGGGUUACCAUGAUGCCUCAAAGCAGUAUUAAGUCCCGUGUGGAAAAAAUACUGCGCUAUAUAGGUCGUCUAUCAUUCUAGCGCUAACACUUUCCCACACAAAAUGAAUACUGCUUUAAGACGUCAUGGGAACUGCCCAGUUGUAUCGGGAAUUUCGUACCAUAACGCUUAUAGUAUUCGUAAACAGUUUAUAAAUUCAAAUCUUUAUAAUUUUCUUUCUAAUAUAAACAAAAAAGAGCGUGUGUGCCGACCCCGCGUCAGAAGUGAAACUUGUUUGGCAAGAAAUUUUACUCUGCACGCGCGAAAUUUUACUCUCGACGCGCCUACAGAAGUUUUACUUCAAAAAUCGAUUGUUUUUUAAUAUUUUUUGCCCUCUGCACAGACAGUUUUAUAUUAAAGUUUAAUAACUUGCCCAAUGUCUUGCCUUAUUGCUGCAUAAACUAUUGUCCUAUAUCAGAAAUCCAUUCUGCAUCGAACGCAUGAUUAAGUUUUCAAGUAUUAUUAUUUAUUUCGUAUUUUAUAUUUAAGAACUGUGCUGUGCAUAAUAUAAAUAAUUGAUGGUAUUCAUUGUACUAAAUGAUCGAAUUAGGUAUCGAUUUAAGACCUAGUAUUUGGUACAUUAAGCAAUGAUAACUGAAACUCAAAAUUCGUGAUUGUAUAAUACCUCAGACAUUAAGGAAGGAAAAUCUCAUUUAACUGUCCACUAUUCGUUUUAAGCAAUUUUUUUAAUAAACAAUAUGCUGAAUAUUGAUGCUUUUCUUUGCAAAAACCUGUACCCAGUCACUUGUCUUUUUCUAGGAUUGGAAGAAAUAACACGUUUAAGAUGCGACGGAAGCGAUGAUGUAAGAAUACAGAGUCAAAAUGUAUUGGAUCGGGAAGAAAAUAAAAGUUAUUAUACUAAAAUAAUUAUAAAAAAAGGGCAAACAAAAAGUUCAGAUGAGGAAGAAGAUAAAAAUGCGUUGUGGAAACAGAAUGUACUUACCCUUUUAGAGUUUUCUAACCUAUACCCGUUUAUACAUAGCAGAAGUAAAUAUGGGUGCUUCGUUUGCUCAAAACUAUUUCUAGACACCAACGCACUUAGAGAACAUUAUAAUGGUCACCCAGUGAAUGAAAUAAGCCUCGCGCUAAGCCGAGUUAAAGAUAAUAUUGUUAAGGUUGAUGUAUCAAACGCGACGUGUAAAAUUUGUGCACGGACCCUCGAUAGCCUAAGAUCGCUAAAAAUCCACUUACAAGAACACGGUAAAGAAAUAGAUCUAAACAUGAAAGAUGCUAUACCAUUCAAAUUGGAUGGUGCAGACUUUGAAUGCCAAAUAUGCGGGGAUAAGUUUUUAAAGCUACGCAUCUUGAUAAUACACAUGAACAAACAUUACAAUAACUACAGUUGUGAGACUUGUGGCUCUGGAUUCAUAUCGCUCAAUUUGUUGAAACGUCAUUUAGAGGUGCAUCAAACUGGCUCGUAUCCUUGCACUGAAUGUGAUAAAGUGUUCACCAGUGCACCUAAAAGGAGUCUUCAUUUGCGUGGAGUUCACUUAAAACAGCACCCUCGUACCUGUCCUUUGUGUCCAGAACGAUUCAUCUCGAACUAUAAGAAGAUUGUCCACCUACGAUUCGUUCAUAAUCAGAAUGUGUUUCUUCAUAAAUGUGAUACUUGUGGACGGGAGUAUAACUUGAAGUGUCAGUUGGAUAGGCAUGUCCGUGCGGUGCACAUGCAAGAAAGAAAAUACGAGUGUGACGUCUGCCAAAAGAGCUUCUUUACACAGUACAGAUUGAAAAGGCAUGGCCUCACUCAUACUGGGGAGAAACAGUUCAAAUGCCCAGCAUGCGGGAAGCCGUAUGCGAGGAAGGAUAAUAUGGAAAUUCAUGCGAAAUCGUGCAAGAAAUGAUUUAGUGAAUCUAGAUUUUAUUGUAAAUGUGUUUGUGUUACCGAUAAAAUAAACAUUCGAAAGAUUGAUUUAACAUU